CAGACUAGGCAGAGGCUGACAGACAAACACACACAGACUCUGAGGCACUCUUAGCCAACAUGGGCCAGAUACUGAGCUGGAUCCGAGGUCCUCGGGACACCCCGGCGCUUCAGGAUGUGGCCGUGGAAGAGCAGUCGCAGCCUAGCCAGGCCACACCCAAACCGGCAGCUCAGGUCUCCACUCCAAAGCCUGCACAGUUUGAGACGGCAUCAUCAGGAUCCACCAUGGCUACAAAGCCUGGGGGAGUUGGCACAGCAACAGGCGGGGCCACAGGAAGGGCUUCAGUUGGGACAGCUGGAAAAGAAGCACCUAAAGCCAAACCAGAGACUAACACUGUGCCAUCAGGUGCUACUGUUAUUGACAUGUCAUCCGCUGGGGCUAGUCUUGUCGACAUGACCUCAACUGGGGUGAGGGGCGGUCCUAGAGAGAUGUCCAAGACGGCACCUGUCUCCCAUGUCAAACCCUCGGCUGCAGCUCCUUCUCCUGUUAAACCUAAAGAGUCACCCAAAGACACUGCCAAGAGUGCUACUGCCACUACAACAGUCAAAGCUGGUGUGCCGAAAGUUGAUCCGGUCAAAACAUCAAAGCCAGCUACAGCAGCCACAGCUGUGGCUGGAAAUAUGUCUGUGCAGGGGAAGAAAGAAGAAGCUAAACCAACAAAAACGAAGGUGCAGGUGGAGGUUCCCCCGACAGCAGCUACUACAGCCAAACAGGCGGCUUCGGAGGAUCCAUUUGAUGCCCUCGCCAGCAUAUUACCAUCAGCUGAUCCUGUCAAACCCUCACAGCCUGUAUACACUGGCCCAGAGGUCAAAGAGCAUGACCUCACCUCCGAGAAGGGUCAAAAGUGUGGAGAAAGAGACAGCACACUUCCUCCAGGCUACAGAUUUGAAGAUAUGCCUCCAGUUCCUGCAGAUGUUAAACCCAAGGAUGUUCCUAAACCACUGAGCACAGACGAGGCCCUGGAUUCCCUUUCAUCUGGUUUCAUGACUUCAACUGCUCCAGCUGCACCCAAGAAACAAGAGAAGCAUGUUGAUAGCGUCACUGCCUCAUCUGCUGGCCCCACUAACUUUGCACCACCUCCUGUAAAGAAACCUGAAGUCCCUGCAGGAGCUCCCCGUGUAGCCGUGUGUCCCGCUCCUCCUGCUGAUAAAAAAGCAAAGAUGGAGGGUGACUUUAUGUCUCUGGAUGCUCUCGGUGCUCUUGGUGACUUGUUGCCAGCAUCAGAACCAAAACCAGAACCCCCCAAACUCAGACCUGAGGACAUUGUCUCGGAGGGCAAACACAAUAAGGAGAAGGGUGUGCGUGUAGGAGAGAGGGAGGACAGUCUUCCUCCUGAGUACAGGUUUAAUGAGGAGGAACUCAAAAAGCUGCCUGCUCCUAAACCUGAGCCCACCAUGAAUACUGGUGAGGCUCUGGACUUUUUGUCUGGAGGCUUUACGGCCUCCUCAGCAGCUCCUGCUGUCCAGGCUCCUGUUAUCAAGCCCUCAGCUCCUCCUGCACAGAAAGUCUCAGAUGGUUUCUCUCUGGAGGCUGGACUUUCCUCAUCUACUGCCAAGAAAGUUGAAUCCUCUGCAGUUCCCCCUGUGGCUGCUCCUGCUGACAAGAAAGCCAAAGAUCAGGGUGACCCGAUGUCUCUGGAUGCUUUCGGUGCUCUUAGCGACAUGUUGCCAGCAGCAGAACCAAAACCAGAGCCCCCCAAACUCAGACCUGAGGACAUUGUCUCAGAGGGCAAACACAGCAAGGAGAAGGGUGUGCGUGUAGGAGAGAGGGAGGACAGUCUUCCUCCUGAGUACAGGUUUAAUGAGGAGGAACUAAAAAAGCUGCCUGCUCCUAAACCUGAGCCCACCAUGAAUACUGGUGAAGCUCUGGACUUUUUGUCUGGAGGUUUUACGGCCUCCUCAGCAGCUCCUGCUGUCCAGGCUCCUGUUAUCAAGCCCUCAGCUCCUCCUGCACAGACUAACGUAGAGGAUUUGUCAGCUCUGGAUCUACUUUCUGGAGAUUUUGUGGCUUCAUCUAAAGCUUCUGGAGUUCAGGCACCUGUGCCUCCUUCUACCAAGAAGACACCACAGAAAACAGUUUGUCCUCUGGAGAGACAUAGCCCGAUCGACAUCUUCCCUGCUGAUCAGGGUGGUGCAAUGUCUCUGGAUGCUCUCGGUGCUCUUGGUGACAUGUUGCCAGCAUCAGAACCAAAACCAGAACCCCCCAAACUCAGACCUGAGGACAUUGUCUCGGAGGGCAAACACAGCAAGGAGAAGGGUGUGCGUGUAGGAGAGAGGGAGGACAGUCUUCCCCCAGAGUACAGGUUCAAUGAGGAGGAACUCAGAAAGUUGCCAGCUCCUAAACCUGAGCCCUCUAUGAAUACUGGUGAUGCUCUGGAUAUUUUGUCUGGAGACUUUAUGACCUCCUCAUCUGCUCCUGCUGUCCAGGCUCCUGUUGUCAAGCCCUCAGCUCCUCCUGCACAGGCCUCUGCAGACUUUGCUCUGGAUUCCUUGGCAGCAGAUUUUGCCCCGACAGUGAAGUCAGCUGCUCGUGUUCCCACGGCAACUGAACCGCAGAUGUUAACAGAUGCAGAUAAUGCUCUGGAUGCUCUGGAUGCUCUGUCAGACACAUUGAAAGAUAUCAAGCCCACCCCUCAGCCCACCCCUGUUUCUACCAAAGACAUUGUUGAGGAGAAGAAGGUAGUUGAAGAGAAGCUGAUUAAGAUGGGAGACAGAGACGACGCGCUGCCUCCAGAGUACAGACCCACAGAGGAAGAUCGCAAGAAAAUGGCUGAAGCAAAGCCCACAGCAGCACCUAAGGAGAACACUAUGGAUGACACAACUGCCCUGGAUCUGCUGUCCAGUGACUUCUCUUCUGAUCCAAAGCCUGCAGCACCAGCCACAACCAAGUUGGAACCUCCUGUGCUGGAUUCCGAACCUCUAAAGCCAAUGGCUGGUCCUGUCCUGGACUCAUUGUCGAGCACCCUGCUCCCAGACGCCCCAGAGUUCAAACCUAAGACAGACAAACCAAAGGGCAAGAGCAAGUCAAAGUCAAGGUCUAAAAAACACCAUGCAGAUGAGCCAUCUGCCACUGAUGUGUUAUCUGCCCAGCUAAGCUCAGACGUUGUGCCAACAUCUACGAAGCAGGGAGGCAAGAGCUAGACCACUCGGUUGUCGGUGCAAUUGGUCGUCCAGAGGCCACAAUGAGGGAGAAGCUCUCUGGAUGAUCUUUCUAUUUUUCUAAAUCGUCAAGAAUGUAUACUGACUGGAUCAAAGACAAAUGUAGACAUGCCCAUAACACUUGCUCAUCACGUACACACACACACACACACACACACAAACACAAAAACACACACGCACGGCUCUGAGUGCAGUGCCUUACUUUCUCGGUUUCACACGUAGUCAAGUAUGAGCUUUUUGUUUCUGCCUUUAGAGAGAAUGAAAAGAGAUGUUUUUUGAAGAAUAAGUGAUGAACGCAUGGAAAAUGUGAGAAGAGAGAAGAGUUUAACACAAGUGAUCACCGUUUUUGUUUUUGCUGGUUGGUGUGUUGUGUGAGUUUGGGAAAGAAAGGCGUUGCCCGACAGAGUCCUGCGUGUGCAUCUCAGCUGACAGUUUCUAUGUUUCCAUCGACACACUAACAUCACAACGCAGCAGUCAGCUCAACCUGGUGGGGUUGUGAUGUUGCUGUGCGGUCGGAGCAGUGGUGCCUGUCAGCUUGUGUGGGAGCUGUAUGGAGUGGGUGUAUAGUAUCGGGAGGUUUGUGCAAUCUUGAUGUAUACAGAAAAGCCAAGUUUUCUACUAUGGUGUGGUCACAUGCCAUUAAGACACUAGUGUACAGCUUAGUUUGCUUCUAUUUUGGACAACUCAUAGUUUACAUUAUUAAAUAUGUGGAGGAUUUUCAGGAGGUGUUCUGCUUCAUUCUGUAUCUGAGAGCUUUUUUGCAAAUGCCAUUUUACUUUGUGUAGAGAAAUAUCUGUCAAGAAGAGGGUCUUUUGUAUGUAUUUGGCCUUGUAGGAAGAAAAAUACUGGUGUUCAAAGUGCACUUUGCGAACCAAGGUGGUUACUGCCUUCGUUUGUAUACUGUAAAAAAAAAGAAAAAAAAGAAAAAAAAAGUUUUUUGCUCUAUAUAAGAUAACACUGUAUAAUUUACAAAAGGGCUUUUUCUUUCAACUGUAAAGUCAAAUAUCACAAUAAUUUCCCCCAUUUUUUUUUUUUCAUGACAAAAGUUUUGUGUGGGUGUGAGUCAAAAGAUAUGAGAGAUAUUUUAGAUGUGGGAAAACUAAUUUAAAAAAACAACAAAAAAACAAUGUAACAAUAUGAGUAGUAGUUGCUGUAUUGUAUGUAGAGUCUGGUUUAGUUCAGUGCUUACAAUAAGGAACAGAAGCAGAUGAAAAGCAGCAGAAAAGUGCAAAGUACAGCAUUAAAAUACAAUCAAUUGUUCUGAGAAUAGCAGGGGGAUUUUAACUAGACAAACUGCUUUAUAGCACUUCUCUUUACUCCAGACUUAGUGGUUUUUCACUCAACAGCCCACUUCCCUUUUGACUCGGAAGGCUUACAACAAGACAAAUGUCUUGCGCAUUAUGUAAAACUUUAUAUUUUAGUGCCAAGACCCUGAAUGACUGAUGGAGAUGCAAACAGGCUGGUUUUAUGCAUUAUUUUAGUAAAAUGAAAUACGGAACAUAAAUAAAGAUGAAUACAAUUCAUUGCUGUCAAGAA